CUCAUUUCAUACAGUGUAGAGAAGGAGUAGGGUCCUAUUUCUGGUUUCAACAAAGUUAUGUAUUGUGCAUAGCCUAUCUCAAGGAUUUCGCGGGAAGCUUAGGCUUAUGAAGAUGGAAACAUUCUAAUAACUGUAUUUCAGUUGUGAAUUAAUUUAACGUUUUUCAGAACAACAGAAGAUGGACCACUUAUGGAGUUUAAUUGGGCUCCUGCAUAUCUCUCCAUUGACCUGGGCGUUCAAUCUAGACAUUGAUCGUCCCAGAUUAUUUAAGAACACUGAUGCGCGAUCCAGUUUUGGGUAUCGCGUGUGUCACUUUGGACCGGCAUGGGAUAGAAGUGUGUUAGUCACAGCCCCUUUCCUGGCUAACGGCACCGGGGGUCUGUACCGGUGCUCCUAUCACAGUGGACGUUGUGAUGCAGUACCGGUUCAGGUGGAUCAAGACAUUGCAUUUGGGCUGUCGAUUGCAUGCAGCACUGACAGAGUCAUGGUAUGUGGACCACAUCUGGUCCAUGCUUGCAACUUGUUCAACUACCUCAACGGGCUGUGUGUCCAGCUGGAUUCACAGCUGACAGUUGUGAAAAAACUCAAGCCAGCCUUUCAAGACUGCCAAGACUUUGGUCUAGAUGCUGUGAUUCUCUUUGACAGCUCUCAGAGCAUCACUAACAGCGAUUUUGAUAAGAUGAUCACAUUUAUAAAAAAUAUAGUCCGAAUGUUCACUGAUACCAGUGUACAGGUGGCAGUGGCUCAGUAUUCUACCGACGCACAUGCCGUCUUCCAUUUUCAGAACUUUGCAGUUGAUCGAAACCCGGAUAAUUUGAUGAAGUUUGUUAGCCACUCGCAGGGAAACACGUACACUCCCUCAGCUAUCCGCUACGUGCUUCAAGAAAUGCUGACAGAAAAACGAGGCAUGAGACGGAACUCCAGGAAACUGUUGGUUGUGAUAACGGACGGCAAAUCAAACGAUCCCAAGGACUCUUUUGAAAAGGUUCUACCGCUGGCAGAGGAGAGGGGAGUCGUCAGGAUUGCUGUUGGGGUAGGAAACCAGGUGUCUUCCGAGGAGCUCAAACAAGUGGCCUCGUCUCCUGAGGGCGUAUUUGAGACCAACAGCUUUGAGGCUCUGAAAACCAUUCAGGUCCAGAUCAGAAAUCAAAUCUUCAACAUUGAAGGAGACAGCGCUGCCAGCGCCAGGUCCUUUAAACAGGAGCUCUCACAAGGAGGGUUCAGUACAGCGCUCUCUGGGGGGGUGUCUGUGUUUGGGGCCCCGGGGUCGUACUCUUGGUCUGGAGGCAUGGUGGAGUCCAUGCAGGGAGCCAACGACACCUUCAUCAACGCUUCUGCAGUGGAGGCUGACAUGAAGGACUCUUACCUGGGCUACUCGGUAGCGGUGGCAGUGAUGGAGGACGGCCUUGUGUACUUUUCUGGGGCCCCCAGGUACAACCACACAGGCCUGGUCCUGGCCUUCCAGACGGACCCUGUCCUGGGACGGUGGACGGUCUCUCACAGGGUACACGGAGGCCAGCUGGGCUCGUACUUCGGUGGGGAGCUGUGUGUGUUGCAGAGGCCUGGCGAGGGUGACACAGCCCUGCUGCUGGUGGGAGCACCGUCCUUUCAUGAGCAGGGUGUGGGCGGGGAGGUGACAGUCUGCUCCCUGAGGCCCAGGGUCGUCAACUGCACCCACACUCUGCGCGGGGCCGCUGGGAACGAGCUGGGCCGCUUCGGGGCGUCUCUGUCCCCCUGUCCCGACCUCAACGGAGACGGGCUGCUGGAGCUGGCUGUGGGGGCCCCUCUGGAGAACAGGGGCCGGGGGAGUCUGUAUGUCUUCCUGGGGCAACCGGGGGGAAGCCUCCAGACCAGUUACAGUCAGAGGAUCCAGGGGGUGAGGGGGGCCAGUGAGCUGAAGUUCUUCGGGCUGUCUGUGCACUCUGCUGGGGACCUGAAUUCGGACGGCCUGGCUGACCUGGUGGUGGGGGCCAAGGGCGCUGCCGUCAUACUGAGGUCCCAGCCUGUGAUGCAGGUUCAGGUGUCGGUCUCUCUCGACCCGCCCCUCAUCCCUCAAGACUACUUCCACUGUGCCGGCGCCAUGGCGCUCGACACCCCUGUCGCCACGGCGACGCUGUGCGUCACGGUCCGAGGCAUCCACACAGGGAACAUCAAGGCACCUCUCCGAGCAUCAGUAGAGAUGUCUGUGGAGCUGGACUCCCAGACCAGGCCAGCUCGACUUCUGUUUUACCCCAGCGCCGCCACCUCUCGCUGGGCAGGCGAAGUCAACAGCACGGCCUGUCAUAACCUCUCCAUCAGCAUACCAGGUUGCAUCUCAGACUACCGUCCUGUGCUGCUGUCUGGCCGUCUGGCUGUGGAGGGACAAGAGGUCCCAGACACGGGGGGGCUGCGGUCUGUCCUCAGCCCAGACAGCCCCACCUCCUUCACACACAUGGUGUUGCUGGAGAAGGUGUGUGGCGAAGACCAUGUGUGCAUCCCUGACUUAAAAGUGUCCGUCAACUUCACCAGCCCAGAGGUGGUCGUCGUCUCCCGGUUCCCGGUGGAGCUGGCGGUGGGUGUGGCCAACAGUGGCGAGGACGCCGAAGGGGUGGAGCUGACGCUGACGCACCCCUCCUCCAUUACCUUCCUCCGAGCUAAGCAGUCUUUAGGUCAGGAAGCUGUUAGGUGUUUAUCCAACUCCACCGAGGUUGAAAAUGUCACCAUGACUACGUGUCACCUCAGCUCAGUCACUCUCCGACAGGGGUCAGAGAUGAAAGUGCUGAUGUCAUUUGAGGUUUCGGACCUCUCCUCUCGAACCCGUCUGUUGGCUGUGAAUGUGUCUGUCAGCGCGAAUGGUGAGGAACCGGACACUCUUUACGAUAACUUUGGAAGCAGCUCAGUCGCUGUCAAGCUACCCAUCAACGUCAUCAUCUUCCGAGGAGGCAACUCCACUCAGUUCAUCCGUCCACCAGAGACAACACUGAUUGAGCAUAUAUUUGUGGUGGAGAACGUGGGCGAUAUGGCAGCACCUGUGAACGCCACCUUCCUGCUUCCUGCUGAUUUGACGUCAGGCCACCGGUGGAGCGUGUCUCUGUCAGAACCUAUCGUCAGGACAACGUGUGAGAUAAGGCUGCUCUCGACCACAGAUAAAGAAACUUUGGCGAAUCAGAACUGUGGAGGAGUGACCUGUCUCCUGGCUGCUUGCACCAUAGCCCCAUUGAGCCAGCAGCAGUCAUGCAUCUUCAGGUUUAUUGGCAGUGUCAGCCUAGAGGCAGAUGGCUCAGGGGCACAGGUGGAGGUGAGGAGUCGGGGGGUGUUAUCGUUUGACCGGGCGGUCUACGCCCAGUACCCUGCCCACAGCUUCCAGACCCUCACGAUUGUGACAGUCCUGGACACGCCCCCCCCUUCCCAGGUGGCUUUAAUCACCUUGGUCUCUGUGCUCUGUGCACUGCUGAUCCUGCUGGUGGUGUCUGCAGUUCUCUUCAAGAUUGGAUUUUUCAAACAUCGGACGCCCCCUAGUGGUAAAGAGGAUGAUGCAGCUGAACCAGCCUCUACUGGAGAGACCAACUCUCCUAGAGAGACGGUCCUGUAGCCCAGACCUCCAUCCUCCCUGAUCGACGGCCCUCUUGCCAGGACCUCUGCUCUCCCUGAAGCACCACCGCAAGAACGGAUGGACUAGAAGUUCCUGCCGGAUGGAUCGUGAACUUCUCUUUUCACGUGGACCUGACUCCCAUCUGCUUUUUCAACCCUGGAGUCUUGAAAGACAAGACAUGUAACGAUUGUUUUGUAGAUAAAACAAAAUUCCAUCCACCCAUGGAAUAAAUUCCCAAAUUACAUGAAGGGUAACUGGCCUCUGCAGUGUUUAUAAAGUAACUACUUAGACACAUAACUCUUUAAAUUUAGACACAUUAAUAUAUUUGACAAACUACUUGGUUAUCUAUUUUUGAUUUAAUUUAGACAUGUUCAUAAGAUGUUCCUUUUUGAUUUAAGAGCUUUUAACACAACAUACUGGAUCUUAGUGUCACCAGUUGACCUGCAACUCCUUGUAAAGGCAAUGGCAUUAUUAGGCACAUGUGAGUUCAACAGUUUGUGCUGCACCAAGUCAAAUGAAGGACGGUAUAAUAAAACAUUUACAUGUAAAACACAACACCUGAAAAAUGCUAGGGGAAAAAAAAAAUUCAGGUCAAGUAAAACCAAUCUGGGAAUGUGACAUUCUAUAGUCGACUCCGGUAUUACUAAAUCCGUUGAGAA